GCAUCAUCCCCGCAUAAAUGCGACAAAGUCUGUAGGGGUCACCAAGGUCGCGGUGCGCCAGUGCUAUAGUGACGUGCCAGCUCUUGGCUUGUUCAAUUAUUUAAAAGUGGCUGGAUCUGUGGCUGAUGACCAGUCACUUCGCUUGGCAAAUAAAAUCAAGCUUGACUUUAACCGACUUCUAACUCUUCUACGAUUGAUAUUUGCCGUAUCUCCAUUCUUUGCUCCAACAUCGCAUUUAUACAAAAUUAUGUCUAGCCUACAGACCAAGAUCACUAUCUGUGAAAGUAUCAUCGCAUAUGACUUUACCGACGAAGUGCUCUGUGCAAAGGCGCUCAGUGCUUAUGCAGCGUGCGUUACCAUUCAAGGGCAAACUCGAAAUCUUCAGCACAACAGUCACAUGGCCGUGUAUGGUGAUGCGGUGUCGGCCAGCUACCUUUGUCGAACGUGGUUAGACAGCGGCUUGGACAGUCAGUGGACUGCGAUUCGCGAAUGCGUGUUGGGAAAUGCGAACCUCGCCGCUGUCGGAUUCUGCCAUAACCUCGAUCGUUGCGUCCUUCUUAACCCCGGAACAACAGCUGUGUCAGAUAAGACCAUGGCUACCACUGUGGAGGCAAUCCUCGGUGCCGUUCAUGUCGACGGUGGCAAUGCUGCCCUUGGGCUGGUGAUGGUGAAACUUGGCCUUACGCAUGCUCUUCUUGAUGUGGUAACGUACAAUUUCUAUCUUAUACUUGGACGAUGAUAUUAUUCAACUCACUUGGUCUUUGUCUAGGUCCCUACAUA